AUGUACAAGAUGCAACUUCUGGAGAUUUCGUUCAAGCCUAGGGAUAUCCGUGGUCGUGGAACAGCGUGCUGGGACGUCGAGGGGAUGGCUGAGGAAGAGUUGCUGAUCAAGGACAGUUGGAUCUCACAGGGGCGCACACCAGAGUAUAGUUACUUCGAAGGCGCUGCGAGCAUGCCUGGCCUCGCCGAUCCUAUGGACCGUGACGGCGAGGUUACGAGCACUGCCGCCUUUCACCACGACGGGCAGCAGAAGCCAAAAGGCUUCCGUCGUACCAAGCACAGACUCGUCUUUACGCGGCAUGGGCUUCUGAUCUGCAAGUUCAAUACGUGCUUGGAGUUUCUCUGGGCACUCAUCGACGCCAUUGACACUCAUGAGAAGCUCGUCGAACAGGGCGUCUUGCAUCGGGAUGUCAGCAUUGCCAAUAUUCUCAUCAUCAAAAUCCCGACAAUCCCGUGGCAUAGUAUCUUAAUCGAUCUUGACUUGAUGAAGCCAUCGCGCGUAGAUGAAGUGGAUUCCGCUUUUGGGGCUGGGACUCGCGAAUCUCAAUCACUGAACGUCCUUGUCCGUUGCACAGAUCCCCGGAUGAGUCUCCCUUAUUCGUACCUGGACGACCUGGAAUCGUUCUUCUGGGUCUUCUGUAUCGUCUCCAUCGGAUACAAGAGCAACGGCAAAGCCGAACCCAGACCACCUUGGAUUAAAAGGUGGAGGCACGCAGACAUGCAUCGUGCAUCUGUCGCAAAGAGCGUUUUUUUCAGGUUUCAACCAGAAAUUAGAGACAUCGAAUUCCCAGUGAGUCAUUCCUGGGGAAAACAUAUCCAGCAGCUGUUCUGGGAUUUAUAUGACUUCUUCGGAGAUAUGUGCCGCCACCCUGCUAGGAUUGCCGUUGGGGUCUCGAAAAUAACCGCGGAAGAGCUCUUCAAUAAACGCGUGGAACAUUAUGCGACUGUCCGCGGUUACAUCAAGAAAGCUAUCGACGCCAUCGAGGCAGAAACCUCUCCAGAGAAGCGGGAAUCUGAGCACCUGCCACCGGAGGAGUCUGCGCCAGCUGGACGCAGAGAGGCGAGCCCACCCUCCACGUCGACUACCGUCACUAAUCAGGAUUCUCCCUCGGGUUAA